GAAUCUUUGACGCCUUAUUUUGCUGGCGACAAUCUCCGUAUUUUGAAAAUCGCUAUGUAUGGGAUAGUGUGAUUUCCGCACCCUCAUGGACAGUGAGGGUCGUCUAAUAUUCUGGAAGAGUGGAGUGUGGGAGGGCGGAGCUCCAACUCUGGACUGCAACACCUGCAAGAAACGUCGCGCGGACAGGAUGAGCGCCAACGAGCGACCUCAAGGUGAAUUAAAGAAGUUAUCAGAGGAGAGUUUGACGCGGCAACCAGAGGAGGUAUUUGAUAUAAUAUGCAAACUAGGCGAAGGUUCCUAUGGAAGUGUUUACAAGGCGUUACACAAAGAAAGCGGACAAGUGCUUGCUAUAAAGCAGGUACCUGUGGAUACAGACCUGCAGGAGAUCAUAAAGGAGAUAUCAAUAAUGCAGCAGUGCGACAGUCCUUACGUCGUCAAGUAUUACGGGAGCUACUUCAAAAAUACCGAUCUGUGGAUCGUGAUGGAGUACUGCGGGGCGGGCUCGGUGUCGGACAUAAUGCGGCUGCGCAAGAAGACUCUGUCAGAAGACGAGAUAGCGACCAUCCUCUGCGACACGCUCAAGGGCCUGGAGUAUCUACACCGGCGAAGGAAGAUCCACCGGGACAUCAAGGCCGGGAACAUCCUCUUGAACACUGAGGGACACGCCAAACUGGCGGACUUCGGGGUCGCCGGGCAGCUGACCGACACGAUGGCGAAGCGUAACACGGUCAUCGGCACCCCGUUUUGGAUGGCGCCCGAGGUCAUUCAGGAGAUCGGGUACGACUGCGUGGCCGACAUCUGGUCCCUGGGCAUCACCGCUCUGGAGAUGGCGGAGGGCAAGCCGCCCUACGGAGACAUACAUCCCAUGAGGGCCAUCUUCAUGAUACCCACCAAGCCGCCGCCUUCCUUCAGGGAGCCGGACCAGUGGUCGUCAGAGUUCAUAGACUUCGUUAGUCAGUGCCUCAUCAAGAACCCUGAAGAUAGAGCCACAGCAGAGUUUCUAUUGGCUCAUGAGUUUAUAGGUAACGCGAAGCAGCCCAGCAUACUGAGCACCAUGAUAGCGGAGGCCCGGGAGCUGCGGGAGACGCAGCUGUACAGGAGCUCCCACCAGGCCUCCAACAACGCCAGGGCCUUUGCCGGGGGCCCUGACUACUCCGAGGCCACCAUGAAGCAGCGUUCCGACGGGACGCUGGUGCCCGAUCAGCUGGCCGACCUCAGCGCUGACCUGGGGACCAUGGUCAUCAACGAACCAGAACCGGACCUCGCCACCAUGAAACGGCACGACACCGACCCCAUGGACACCAACAAGCCGAAGUACCGGCCGCUGUUCUUGGAGCACUUUGACAAGAAGGAGAUGAACCACUUGAACAUCGGGGCCCCCACCAACGGGACCCUCACCGGCCCGCUGCGGCAUCUUCCUCAGCACAGCAUAGGUGGCGAGAGUGAGGCCAGCGAAGUGGGCGCGGCGGACAUCCAGCGCGCGCUGAUGGAGGAGGGGAACUUCGAAUUCCUGUGGCAGCUGUCGGAGGCGGAGCUGGAGCAGCGCGUGGCUCGGCUGGACGCGCAGAUGGAGCAGGAGAUCGAGCUGCUGCGCGCGCGCUACGCUCGCAAGCGACAGCCCAUCCUCGACGCCGUCACGCUCAAGCGGAAGCGACAGCAGAACUUCUAGCUCGCACCACCACUCGCAGCACCAAUGCCAUCCAUGGCUCCAAGUCGGUUUCCGCAACGGCGACCAACAUUGUCUGUUCAAUAACUUAGAAGCUAAUGUCCGUGGUAGCCUAUCUUGUUCUUAAACGUGCGCAAACAGAAGCUACACGUAAGAACACCACCCAUAAGGUUGUAAAAAAUGGUGGAAGGCGGUAUCUAUUUUUCAGUCUAUUUCUCACCAAUGUACUACUGCACUCAACAAACAACUCAACUUCUAUAACUUAUGUUUCGACCUAAUCGCUCUCUAUGUUUUGUGAAACAUUCGUUCAGUGGACACUAUAGUGAAAUUUAAUGACAAAACGAUUGAAGUUGUAUUCCACGUUAAUUUGUCGCCAGAGUACCCACUAGUGACGUCACGCGUCACGAGCGAGUGUCACGCUCUGAGUGCACCCUUAUUUGUAUGAGAUAAUAAGUUAUAUUUCAUUUAUAAUGUGCUGGUUGAUUUAAUUUAUUUAUAAUCAAACUGUUUAUGAAAAUUAUCCGCCUCCGAAUCGUGGCCCAUAGGGGUCGCCGCACCGCUCAAGUUAACGGGGCCAUUAAACUAAUGGAGUGCAUUUAGUUAACUGAGUGCGGUGGGUGACGCGCGACGCUCGCCAGGUGUUGACUAAAUUAAUUAUUGUGCUAAUAAUAAGGUGCUUUUAACAGCGGAAGUGCCAAAUAUUAUAAUAUCAAUUAUUGUUCCUACUGCACGCGGCGCCGCGGGGGGCGGGGGCGGGGUUAGCGCGACGCGACGAGCGGUAAACGUGAAAUUAAAGUGAGCAAUAUUUCGUUUUAUGAGAAGAUUCAUAAUAAUUAUAUCAUUCGGGAACGUCGGCGCGAUGGAACUACGGUUCUGUCGUUGUCCAUACACACACAUACACACAACUUGUAUUACUUUGAUUUCAUAGAAAAAAUAGAUUUUUUUGUUUUAUUAUAUUAAGUUUGUUAGAAUUUUAAUGCAUUUAAAAAUAAUUAUAGUAAUUAACAUUUUUAUGUCUCGUUUCGGAAUGUUUGUUUGAUAAGCCAUCGUAGCCAGUGUCACUGUGUUGUUUACUAACCUAUGACGUCACGCACUGGUUAAGAUGGCUGUUCUAUUGACGCGAUACCUGUGAUCGAAGAAUUAUAUACAAUAUAGUAUUAGAAGACUAACAGAAAUGUCUGUGAGUUGCUCGGUCGCACCCCCCGCGGUCCCCGGGGUCCGACGGGGGUGUCCGCGGGCGGUAGUGAGGCAGAGUGUGUUGUUGCAUGAGGUCGAUGUAGAUACAUUGUAUUAUAGUUUAGAGAUAUUAGCUAUUAAGGAGUAUACAUAUCUACGUAAUGAAGCGGUGCGGGCGCCGGCCCUCCAAAGAUAAUCGUCUCAGCGCGCCGGCGCACACUCCCAAAAACUAGAUAUUGCGGCGCGACCUUAGUGUUCCUACAAUGUGCUCACGACUGCUCACCGUGAGUGGCCUGUCAGCAGUGAUUAUUUAUUAUUAACGUGCAUUUAAAUUAACUGAAACCGAUAACAAUUGUAUGUAAGGCAUCUGUUAAUUGAAUGUUAACAAAACUUUGACCUCAUGCGUGAGGCGUGCGAUGUCUCACGGGCGUGGAGGCAUCGCUCUGUGAAGACUGCGUUAAUGACUAGAGCACCCGGGCCGCGUGUGGCCG